AUGAGCGAGGACGAGUUCGUGGUGCUGCUGGAGCACGCCGGCAUCCUGGAGACGUCGGACGAGAACGACAUGGAGUUCAUGGAGGAGACGGUGCUGCGCGAGUGGCUGGAGCGCGACGGCGUGCAGCUCUUCACCACGCAGAUGACGACGGCCAAGAGCGACGGCGACCUGGUCGUGGACGGCAGCGCGUCCACUGCGCCGACGGCCACCGCCACGGCCACGACGCUGGUGGGCGAGGCGCGCACGAGGAUGGCGGGCCACAUCCUGGCCAGACUGCUGGAGCGCGGCUGGAUCGCCCCCAUCGAGUUCGACUACGACGAGGACGAGACCGAGGAGUGGAAGACCAAGCUGUACACGCCGCGCCUUCGCACGAGCGAGGCGUACCGGAUUUACAUUGAGAAGGACCCAGCGGUACGACACUCUCUUUGUAGCGAGUGCAUGUUGUAGUUAUAGAGCUU